AUGCUACGCUUGUUGGGGCGACAGCCCAGCUGGCAUCAUAUCGCCAUCCUUUACUAUCUGGCUCGCUGCACUGUGCGUCACGUUCUCAAGACACACCUGGCCGAAUUGGAUGCCUUACAACACGGGAGCGGAGAUGAGCAAAGGAUUGAUUUGUCAAUCGGGAGUGCAAGGAUGCGCAGUUUCAGUUCGGCAGCAAUGCUUGUAAAACUAAAUCAGGUCGAACGGAAGUUUAGUUCAGCAUGUCUCUCCUCAACCGACUCGAAUGCCACAGGGGAUUGUCGUACCCAGGAGCACAUGCUCACCGAGAUCGGACGUUGUCGUGCUCAGGUGGAGCGGAUCAAAGAUUUCACCAUGACAUUUUUUACCCGGUGGUACGCGGACUGGGUAUCAAAACACGGUGGCUGGCGAUCGUUAAUUGAAGAUGCGGAAGACUCUGAAUUGGAUUGA